AUGACCACGCUGCUCAUAUUCUCGCUGUUAGUGGCGCCAGCUUUCGGCUGCUUCGGUGGCGGCGGUGGCCAACAAUGUUGUCCUCCUAGCCAACCAGCUUGCGGAGCUCCAGCAUGCCCAGCUGCAGCUGCUGCUGCGCCCAGCUAUGCUGCUCCAGCAGCAUCCUAUCCACGAGCGCCAGUUGGAUACGCUGCGCCACCUCCCCCACCUCCUCCACCACCUCCACCACCUCCUCCUCCACCACCUCCUCCAUCAUACGGUGGUUCGUAUGGUGGCUCACCCGCUGGUGGCUACCAAGGAUUUGCAGGAGGAGGCCAGUCUGGAUACAGUCCUCAGAUUCCAACUGGACCUACUCAAGCCGGUGGACCAUACUCCGAUACUGGAAUCCAGGGAGGAGGAAGCUAUGGUCCAGCACCGGUUGCACCAGGUGGAAGCUAUGGCCAGGGCCCUAUUGGAAAUACCGGUGGCAGUUACGGACAGGGUCCAGUAGCACCAGUUGCUCCCGUUGAGCCAGCCGGCGGCAGCUACGGCCAAGGCCCAGUUGCCCCAGUAGCCCCUGUUGCACCAGUUGCUCCCGUUGAGCCAACGGGUGGCAAUUACGGCCAGGGCCCAGUUGCCCCAGUAGCACCCGUUGCUCCAGGAUCAAAUUACGGUACUGGACCAGCACCAAUCGAGCCACCCCUACCGUCAAUCCCAACAGGUUCAGUUGAGCCUGCUCCAUUGCCGCCAGCCCCAUCUGGAACAUAUUCGCAGGGUGGCCAAAUAAUUGGUACCGAAGAGGGAGAAGUAACCGAAGUUGGAGUCACUGAGGGAGAGAGUGGUGCCAUAGAUGGAGGACAGCAGACUGGAGGAUCGAACUAUCAGCAACCGGCACCUGUCGCUCCAGCUCCCGUUGAGCCAGCCCCCGUUGCGCCCACACUUGUUGAGCCUUCUCCAGAACCGUCACCAUUGGAACCUGCUCCGGUUGCUCCAGCACCGUCAGGCACAUACACUAACAGCGGCAAUACCAAUCAAGUUCCUCCUGCUCCAGUAGAUGCAGGACAGCAAGUUGGUGGCGGCAGUGACUAUGGCGACGCUGAGUAUGAAGAGGUGGACCAAGGCGGAAGCGCUGUUGGUGGAACCAAUCCUGGAGAGCCACAGCCUGUCCAGACACCUGCUCCCUAUGUGCCACCAGUGCAAACGCCAGCGCCUUAUGUACCUCCAGUACAGACGCCUGCUCCUUACGUUCCCCCGGUUCAGCCACCAGCACCGUACGUUCCUCCGGUUCAGCCGCCAGCUCCAUACGUUCCCCCGGUUCAAACCCCGGCACCUUACGUCCCACCAGUACAAACUCCAGCUCCCUACGUCCCACCCGUUCAGACACCGGCGCCAUACGUUCCACCAGUACAAACUCCAGCUCCAUACGUACCCCCAGUUCAGACACCAGCUCCGUAUCAUCCAGCCAACACUCCAGCUCCCCAGCCUGGUUCUUACGUACCUCCAGUAAGAACCCCUUCUCCUUAUAUUCCACCGCAGCCUACAUCCGCCCCAGAGGAAGAAGAAGUCUAUGAGGAGGUCACUGAGGCACCAAGUGAGAACUACGAAGAAGAGGGGCAACAGGGACAAGGGUCGCAACAAGGUGGAGAGGAGCAAGGACAAAACUACAAUGAUACUGAAGACAAUCAGGUCGAACAGAAACCGGCUGGAGAGACACCGUAUAAGAAAGCCAAGAAAGUCUAA